AUGAUGAAACCCCUUCAAUUUCUUGCCUCCGCGCUGGCUCUUUGCCUGGUCGACGCCUAUUUGGUGACUCCUCCAGGAACACCUGCGCCAGGGGCAGCGUCGGCUUGUAGUGAAUGGGUGCAGGCCUCAUACGGCCUGACAUGCGACAUAAUCCACCGCUUUUACGGCAUGACUGCGGCCGAAUUCGAGGAAUGGAACCCUAGCGUCAGUCAGCUUGGUGACGGCUGCAACCUGAUCUCGGGCCUCUACUACUGCGUGCAGGUCAAUUAUAUCUCCCAGAGUCCAACAUGGACGGCACCCACGACUACGACACGUUCCACAACCAGCUCAGCCGGGAACGGCGUCACGACACCGACUCCUACGCAGACCGGCAUGGUGAGCAGCUGCAACAAGUUCUAUCUGGUUGUCAGUGGUGACUCCUGCUACAACAUUGCAGCUGCUCAGGGAAUAUCUCUCGACAACUUUUACGCCUGGAACCCUGCAGUUGGCAGCUCUUGCGGGGGCCUCUGGCCCGACUAUUAUGUCUGCGUUGGUGUGAUAUCAGGUGGCACGACCACUGCUAUGACUACUACAACUACUACGUCUACUACGACUGCAAGCACCACAACCACUGCAGGAAACGGGGUUACCACCCCUACACCAAUCCAGACAGGCAUGGUGACCAAUUGCAACAAGUUCUACCUGGUUGUCAGUGGAGAUGGCUGUUAUGACAUUGCCGCCGCAGCGGGGAUCGCGCUGAGUGACUUCUACACCUGGAAUCCCGCCGUGGGGAGCAGCUGUGCUGGUCUUUGGCCUAAUUACUACGUCUGUGUGGGCAUCAUCGGCGGCUCAGGUACCACUACUACUAAGACUACUACAACGACCUCUGGCAACGGGGUUGCCACUCCAACACCAACUCAGACAGGCAUGGUAAGCAACUGCAAGAAGUUCUAUCUUGUUGUUAGUGGAGAUGGCUGUUAUGACAUUGCCGCCGCAGCGGGAAUCGCGCUGAGUGACUUCUACGCCUGGAAUCCCGCCGUGGGCAACACUUGUGCUGGUCUUUGGCCUAAUUACUAUAGGCGUGUUGAGGGCGAAGGCAUCGAUGUGAGCGACCUGGGCUGCUUGGAUGUCCGUCUCCCAGUCCGCAGUGGUGUAGUUUCAGCGUUCAGCAACUGA